GCUCCGACGGGUCGAAUCCACCCGUCGAACGCUCCGUGUAGGUCGUCGAGUGUCAACUUAAUUUUAUCGGUCUUCCGUGAGUCGCAAGGAUCGUUGACAGCUGUCUAGACGGCGUUUUCCCCAGCAGCGGAUCCUCGUCUGGGGGCUUCGUUCCUCGCUUCGUCCGUCAGCCGGUCGACGGCGACGACGCGCGAGUAGCGGUUGACACUCCCGGCGAGCCGACGAGAGGAGGCCAUAGCCGCGGCGCGACGCGAUAACGGGAAGCGGCCGCGAAGGCGGUGGUGAGUCAGGGCGGCAAGGACAUCGGAUCUGCCCCACUGAGCCACCCGCGGCAGCGACGAAAGCAGCAGCAGCAGCAACAGCAGGUGGGAGUAACGCCGCUUCUCGUGCCUCCUAGGUUUUGUGAGCGUCGCGCAACAUUCCGCGCAACCAGCAUCGUGCAGGAUCGAAGCUCCACAACGCAGUCGGUUGACUCUCUCUCUCUCUCUCUUUCUCUCGAUUGGUGAGUCAUCGGUGAGUCGGUCGCACGGGAGUGUUGAGCACGGGUCGCCGUAAUCCCGCAGCCGAGGAUGGACUCGCGGUUCGAGAACGCGCCCCUCCAGAGAGAUCACGAUUCCGUCGACGAUUUCGAGCACCUCGGCCACGACAGUUCGCCGGAUGACCGCUCAGACCACCAACAACAGCCACGAUUAAUCGACGCGCCACGUGUCGACGACCUGCUGCACAUCGGUGACUCCUUCCAGGAAUCUGCGCUGUCGAGCGCGCUCGUCGCCGACGCCGAGGAGGCCGAGACGAGGCCCGUACCCGCGACACCGCCGCCUUCCGCAGAGUUUGACAAGUGCGAGGCCAUGGCGCAGUCGUCGGACCCGUUCCAGCAGCUGCUGGACCCGGCUGAUCCUAAGCUGGCCAGCAUGGCGUUCGUCGAAAGCGAGCGGUUCCAACCUCCCACGUCCGCUGCGCAGUUCCGCGACGACGACGACGACGAGGACGACGACGACGACGACGAGAUGGGUCUUCAACCGCCGUUGUUGCCGGUCUCGUCCGCAGUUAAGGCUGACAGCGACUUUCCAUCCUCCUUGGGUGCGCGGGUAAUCGACGAGGACAGCAAACAACCCGACAACAAGGCGCAACCGAUCGCAGAAUUCGACGACGUAAUGGCAGCAUUGGCGAGUACCGAUCAAGGAAACAAGCAGGCGGAGAAUGAGAGCAUCAAGCCGCGCAGCGUCCGCGUCGACGAGGACCUCGCGUGGAACGUCAGGUCGUCGGCGACGCCGCCGGUACCGGAGAGGUCUCCUCUGGUGGACUUCCUGGCAAGUGACAGUGCGCCGCCGAGGGAGGAGAGACCGUCCAGGAACAUCAUGGACGACGACUCGUGGAACGUCGUGGAGAAGCCGGACGUGAAGGGACGGGAACAGUUCGAGCCGCCGACGAAGCCGCUGCCUCCCUUGCCCAAGGAAGCGGAGCUCUACCAGGAGAGCGCGCGCCCGAGCAAGCACGACCCAUCGAAGGACCUGCUGAUCGCGGAGGCCGUCAAGGAGCCGCCGCAGCGGAGUCCGGAGCGCGAGCAGAAGACCGCUGGACCACGCGAGGAGAAAUCCAGGGAGCCCAAUUAUUUAUGUCCACGUCCGUCAGAACGUCACGUCGCUGGCAAGAAGGAGGAGAUCGAGAUCGCGCCCAAACAGAUCUUCCGAGACAUGGGUUUAGACGCAUGGUUUAAUCCUGAAAGACUGAACCCAAAAGUGGCGGGUCUGAUAUACUGGCGCGAUCCGAAGAAAUCGGGAAUCGUGUUCGGUACGAUACUAGGCGUGCUCCUGUCGCUGGCCUAUUUCAGCCUGAUCAGCGUGCUCGCUUAUUUGUCGCUCCUCGUCCUCAGCGGGACCGUGCUUUUCCGGAUCUACAAAACUGUUCUUCAAGCGGUCCAGAAGACCUCGGACGGCCAUCCGUUCAAGGACAUCCUUGACCUGGACUUGACAUUGCCGGCCGAGAAAGUGCACGAAGUCGCCGACGUCGCAGUUGCGCACGCUAACGCCGCCGUUGGCGAAUUACGCAGGCUGUUCCUCGUCGAGGACUUCGUCGAUUCUCUCAAGUUUGGCGUCUUGCUGUGGUGUCUUACCUACGUUGGUUCCUGGUUCAAUGGCAUGACUCUCAUCAUAAUUGGUAAAUUACUUUUUCGCGGCGCGUUUGCCACUCCACCGUGAACGCAUGAUUGAGCCAACGGAUCCGUUUCAGGCGUAGUCGCUCUCUUCACGCUGCCUAAGGUCUACGAAACGAACCAGGAGCAGAUCGAUCAGAAUCUGGCCCUGGUGCAGGCGAAGAUUAACGAAAUUACCGCCAAUGCACCGCGAGCCGAUUUUCAGUGGGAAGUCAUCAUGUCGGUGCCGAGCAGCGACCACGAGAAGCGGAAGCAGAUCUCGGUGCGCGGCAUCGUCGACGUCGAGAAUGUCGGCAACUUCAAGAAGACCUUCAACAGGCACCUUCACUACACCCUGGUGAAAGAUCGCAACGUAGCGACGAUCCGCGACUACUACUUCGCCCUCUCGCACAGCGUCAAGGACAACCUGGUGUCGCGAUGGAUCCGCACCCAGCAGCACUAUUACGAAAAGGAUCCCAAGAGAGUGUACUAUUUGUCGUUGGAAUAUUACAUGGGAAGAUCGCUUCAGAACACGAUGAUCAAUCUGGGAAUACAAGGGGCGUGCGACGAAGCCAUGUAUCAGAUGGGUUUAGAUAUAGAGGAACUGGAGGAGUUCGAGGAAGACGCUGGCCUCGGUAACGGAGGAUUGGGUCGUCUAGCCGCUUGCUUCUUGGACAGCAUGGCCACGUUAGGCUUGGCGGCCUACGGUUACGGAAUACGUUACGAAUACGGUAUAUUCGCGCAGAAAAUCAAAAACGGCGAGCAGGUAGAAGAGCCGGACGACUGGCUCAGAUACGGCAAUCCCUGGGAGAAAGCCCGACCGGAGUUCAUGUUGCCGGUGAAUUUCUACGGUCACGUAAUCGACACGCCGGGGGGCAAGAAAUGGGUAAACACGCAGGUUGUUUUCGCUAUGCCCUAUGACAGUCCAAUCCCCGGCUACAAAAACAACGUUGUUAAUACGUUAAGGCUGUGGUCCGCGAAAUCGCCCAUAGAAUUUAACUUGAAGUUCUUCAACGACGGUGACUACAUACAGGCUGUAAUCGAUCGUAACUUGGCGGAGAACAUCUCCAGGGUUCUCUAUCCCAACGACAACUUCUUCGAAGGCAAGGAGCUUAGGUUGAAGCAGGAGUACUUUAUGGUUGCCGCUACUCUACAGGACAUCAUUCGAAGAUACAAGUCCAGCAAAUUCGGCUCGAGAGAGCACCAUAGAACUGAUUUCGAUGCCUUCCCCGACAAAGUGGCGAUUCAGCUCAAUGACACGCACCCCUCCCUCGCUAUUCCUGAGCUCAUGAGGAUUCUUCUCGACGUCGAGGGACUCUCCUGGGACAAGGCUUGGGAUAUUACGACGCGCACAUGCGCCUAUACAAAUCACACGGUUCUUCCCGAGGCGUUGGAACGAUGGCCUACCGCGAUGCUAGAGAGCAUUCUUCCGAGACACUUGCAGAUAAUUUAUCACAUAAAUCAUCUGCACCUUCAAAAUGUCGCAGCCAAGUGGCCCGGUGACAUGGAUCGCGUACGCCGGAUGUCCUUGGUAGAGGAAGAAGGCGAAAAGCGAGUCAAUAUGGCUCACCUUUCGAUCGUCGGUAGCCACGCUAUAAAUGGAGUCGCCCGUAUCCAUUCGGAAAUUCUCAAAGACAGUGUCUUCCGAGACUUUUACGAAUUGACACCGGAGAAAUUCCAAAAUAAAACGAACGGCAUCACGCCAAGAAGAUGGUUGUUGCUCUGUAAUCCAAAUCUGUCUGACAUUAUCGAGGAAAAAAUCGGUAGUGAAUGGACAGUCCACUUGGAACAGUUGACACAACUGAAGAAAUGGGCAAAAGAUCCAGUGUUCCAACGUAACAUCGUUAAAGUCAAACAGGAGAACAAGUUGCGAUUAGCGCAAAUGUUGGAGAAAGAGUACGGCGUUCGGGUCAAUCCAGCGUCUAUCUUCGAUAUUCAGGUGAAGCGCAUACACGAGUACAAACGGCAAUUAUUGAACUGCUUGCACGUCAUCACUUUGUACAAUCGAAUAAAGAGGAACCCCUCUGCCCCUUUCGUUCCAAGAACUGUGAUGAUCGGCGGCAAAGCGGCACCGGGCUAUCACCUAGCGAAGAAAAUCAUCAAGCUUAUUUGCAGCGUCGCCAGCGUCGUUAACAACGAUCCGAUCGUUGGCGACAAACUCAAACUGAUCUUCCUUGAGAAUUACCGAGUGACCUUGGCCGAAAAGAUCAUACCCGCGGCAGACCUGAGCGAGCAAAUCUCGACCGCUGGCACCGAGGCGUCUGGCACUGGCAACAUGAAGUUUAUGCUGAAUGGUGCGUUGACCAUCGGCACCUUGGACGGCGCGAACGUAGAAAUGGCGGAGGAAAUGGGCAGAGAGAACAUUUUUAUUUUCGGUAUGACGGUAGACGAAGUGGAGGCCUUGAAGAGGAGAGGCUACAACGCUUACGAUUACUACAACAAACUGCCAGAGGCGAAGCAGUGCAUCGAUCAGAUCCAAGGUGGAUUCUUCAGUCCGAACAAUCCCGACGAGUUCGGAGAUAUUGCUAAUGUGUUGCUCAAGUGGGACAGAUUUCUUUCUUUGGCCGACUACGAGAGCUAUAUAAAGAUGCAGGAUAACGUCAGCAAAGUCUAUCAGGACGAGAACAAGUGGGUGGAAAUGGCUAUUCACAACAUAGCGUCGUCGGGGAAAUUUUCAUCGGACCGCACAAUUGCCGAGUACGCGCGCGAAAUUUGGGGCGUGGAACCCAACUGGCAAAAACUUCCGGAUCCGCAUGAGCCCCGUGAUAUUUAAAUAAACCGCUCUGAGAUUUUCUUUUUUCAUAAAGUGUUAAAGACAUUCGUCCGUUUUGUUUUUGCAAUAUUGUCCUUCCGUUACAAGUGACAAUGAGUUACCGGCAAUAACUAAUACCGUCCAAAACGGUCAGGAUCGCACAAAGUAAUGAAGAUUAUCAUCUGCGAGAAUCGCAGAAUCGCGGGAAUAAUAUCGCAAUUAUCUUAUUUUAUGAAUAUCUAUUUUCAGCAAUAAGUCAUAAGUGGAUCAAGAAUGAACGAUACUCAAGCAAGCCUAAACAUUUUGCACAACUUUGAGACGCUUCCAUAUUUCAGAGAAAUCCCUUUGGAAUAACAAAUUUAACUAAACGUGCUAAGAACAUUACGCUUUGCGUCUUUUAACGUUGAACAUUUUUAUUGCAUCACAAAAUCAACUUCUUGGUGUCCAUAAAUUAAAAUAUCUAUAUAUAUCGUUGUGAAAAAAGGGGAAAUGAUUUAAGAGUUGUAAAAACAAAUUUUAUUAGCUGACAAGUUUUUGGUGGAUAACUAUGAUUUCUCAAACAUGGUGAACGUAUGUGUGUUAUAAUAACGAAAGCGAAAGGAUUAAAGGGGCAUGUGUGAUAAUGAUACGGUACAAGCCUAGUAUGUACAUCAUAUUUCUGAUUAUGACGUGAUGUGUGUUUCAAAUAUACAAAACAACCGAACCAUCUACUCUUAACUGUGUUCGAUACAUUCACGGCCUUGCAUUACUCAUUUUGUAACAGUCAAUACUUUUUCAGACUGAGAAACACCCAGGCCCAUAUUCUCAACUCACUUCUAUCGAUAAAAGCCUAUAAAAGGGGCUUGAAAACCAUCCGAUUGCCUGAGAAAUCACAUUGAAGCCGCUUUUAUCAAAAAGUGUUGAGAAUAAGAGCCCUAAAUCUCGAUGGAGAUGUCCAUUUGUGAACAAUGAGUGGGAAAUUAUGUGCAAGUGACUUGUUACAAUUGUCUUGUCUUGUCAAUGUAGAGCAGCCGUGCUCACUUUUAUUAAUAAAUGGCCUGUAUAUUGAUUACAUAGGAAAAUAGCGCUUGUAUAGCUCCAAAUGCUGGCACAUACUAUAUAAUGUUCGAGAAAUACAUAUUGUACGUUGCGAGGGAUGUAACUUGUUGAAAAUAAAAUCUGUUACGAG